AUGUCCGGGUGGGUGGUGAAGAAUUACAAAAGCUACUUCAAACAUAAUCCAGGUCGCGAUGCGCUGGUCUACGCCUUCGUUCUUCUCGCAAUGCUGUGUGUAUCAUUUGUCUUCUUAGGUUCCGCAAUAUUUGAACCAGGGAAUUGUAUAUCUACACCGUCCAGCAAAGUGUACUCAAACCCCGACUACGACACCGAUGUAUGCCUGGAUAUACGCUACACUCAGCUCAUGGGCCUUUCACUGCGUGAAUGUGAUCUCGGCAGGAGAUUACUAGCAUCUAUCUUUGCCGGUUGGUGUAUCGGCUAUGAGCGCGCCAGCCCAGAAAGGGUCACAGGCCUGCGCACAAUGUCUCUCGUAAGUCUUGGGGCAUGUUGUUACACACUGUGUUCGAUGUUUGUCACUGUAACUGGACCAAUGAAGACCGAUGCAUCGCGUGUGGCCGCUGCACUGCCCUCAGCGGUAGGGUUCUUGGGUGCGGGUAUGAUAUACAAAGCUACUGAAACACCAUUAGUAAAAGGCUUGACCACGGCUGCUUCACUGUGGUUGAGUGCGUCUCUGGGUGCUGCUGCCGGGGCCAGGAUGUACUUUGUGUGUGCGUAUGGCCUGGCUCUGGUGUUAGUUAUACUGAGGUUUGCACCACACUCAUAUUUGGUAACAUGCGAUACAUGUGGAAGCGAGAACGGAUGUAUCGACGGAAGUGAAUGCGGGGGAAGAAACUCGGCGUUUGAGUUCGAUGAACAAUCAGUUAUAACGGAAAAUGACUUUCUGAGACGUAUGGGAUACCAGCGCCAAGAGUCAGCCACGAACCGGAGCAGUCGAAAGCCUUAUGGGAUACCAACGUCAAAAGUCAGUGACGAGCAAUCGCAGUCGAAGUAUGCACGGCAUACUGCAGAGAAGCAACAGCUUAUCGAGCAGCUUAUGCCACCCAUCAUGUACACAUACUUGUCCAUAUAUGUUCCUAUGGAUUAA